GAUAGCGAGCGGACGGUCCCCUUCCGAGGAGCUAGCCGAGGCCCGGGCAGAGCGGCUCUGCGCUGCACGGUGGGCGGGCGCCCGAGAGGCUACAUAUUUUGAGAUGAGGAAGGUUGAUCUCUGUUUGAGCUCUGAAGGGACUGAGGUGAUCCUGGCUACCUCGAGUGAUGAAAAGCACCCGCCUGAAAAUAUCAUUGAUGGGCAACCAGACACCUUUUGGACUACUACAGGCAUGUUUCCCCAGGAGUUUAUUAUUUGUUUUCACAAAAAUGUGAAGAUUGAAAAGCUUGUGAUCCAGAGUUACUUGGUUCGGACCUUGAGGAUUGAGAAGACCACCUCUAAAGAGCCAUCCGAUUUUGAGCAGUGGGUGGAAACAGAUUUAGUACACACAGAGGGGCAGCUUCAAAAUGAAGAAAUCGUGGCACAAGAUGGCUAUGCCACUUUCUUGAGAUUCAUUAUCGUCUCAGCCUUCGAUCAUUUUGCAUCUGUACAUAGCGUUUCUGCGGAGGGCCUAGUAGUCUCAAAUCUUUGUUAGUAAUUACAACAAAGUGCUCUAAACUACUUUUAAAACA